CCCUCUCUUUUGUAUUGUUUUUAAAGCGAUUGUGACUGUGGCUGUUCCGGGAGAUGCUGGAAUAACUCACGUGUUAAGUAAACACUGUCAGAUGUUCAAAACAUCAUAAAUUCAGUGCUGUCACUCUUGGGUGUUUUCUGAUAAGCUAGCUAACUAGAAGGGAAGCCAGCCAGCGAACUGUGUUAAUGUCAAAAACAGCUAGUUAGCCUGCUACGCUAGCUAUGCAGCUAGGCUGAUGGUAAAUUAACUAACUAGGUAGGUUGUUGCUGCUAGUAAACAAACCAAACCCUUCAUCGAGUGUAUCUUACCGAUACAUGCUAAUACACAGUUUUUCAUCCUUUGGUCGUUAACAUAAGGUAAAUUUGCAGUUAGCCAGCUAGAUAGCUAACUACUAAAGCAUUAGCAGCAUUGUAGCUUGCACUAGCUACUUAGCGAUGUAGCACUCUUUAAAAUACUGUAACAUCAACCUAUUACGGAAUUCUAGUGCAACAUUGUAACGUUAUGGAGGUAUGCACUACCUUUUGCGCUUUUCAUUAAAUGUGCAGAGAAUAUAACAAUAUCAUUUACGAAUAGAGAAAACCCACACAAUGAUGUUAGACGAACUGGGAACGACUUUACAUUUAGAACAUGUUGAAUGCUCUGUCAGGCUAUCGUUUACUAGCUACGUGUUUUUAAACUGUGCUCUGGUGUGCUUCAUUCAGGUUCGAGGGACAUUGGUUAAUCAGGUAACUGGAUGGUUACACAUUUUUAUGCAGGAGGUGUGGAUAUGAUAUCAGGUAGCUGAAGAUGCACGACCUUUAAACCCAAGAGGCGUUGGCUUUCGUGUGCAGGCUGACAUGCAGUAUUUUGGAGUUUAGUAUAAUAUAUAUCAUUGUGCAAUCUAUAAUGUACAAUCCAUGUACAAUCUGCAAUGUAUCAAGGCAAAGCAAACCGAAAAGAUUAUGUUGCAAAGGUUUCAGCCCUCUUCAUGCAAGUCUCUUCAGAGUGGGCCUUGUGGUCUGAAUGUUUGCCAAGCAAAUGUUGUAUGCCUCAGUCAGUGAUGGUAACAUGUGAACUAAGAACUCCUUGCUAAAACUCUGCAAGUCAUUGUUUAAGUGCCUUCCCUUCACUGAUUUGGUGCCCCAAUUUGUUUUAUAUUGAAAGUUUUUGUUUGUAGUUUCAGAGAGAAGGUUGUGACCAUACUGCUACAGUAGAAUUUGCUGUUUGGUAUCAAACUAGGUUUAGGCUAAUGUAGGCUGAUAUUCAGGGCCAGGGUGAUAUCAGUUCUUCAAAACAUCAUGGUGUAAAGUUACUGUUCAUCUUUAUAGGGUCUUCUUAGCAUUUGGAUGUAUUAUUAGUAACAUGUAACCUUAGCUUCACCUACAUUUGCACUCCCAUAGUAAAUAAUAAGCUUAACCGACAAGCCUGAUACAGUAAACACUGCUUGAAUAUAAUCUUUAUAUCUGCACUGUUCUUCUCUAAAUUAGUCAUUAUAUUUUCUGGUCUUGGCUAGAUGUUCUCAUUAAACAUUUUCACAAGAUGUUGUUUUCAGUUACAAUGUAAAGUACCCCAUCGCCUAGAGUUUUACCACAGACUUUAAAAAAAGCUUCCUGUUAUUUUCUUUUUUUAACAUAGUAAACUGUAUAAGUGCUUGGGGCCAGUGCUGAGUUCUUGGCUGUCACAGGGGUCUGAGAAACCGCUUCACAUACCUUUGAGCCAGGAGGAGAGAUCUGUUGUGCUGGGUCAUGGCUGAUGCCCACACCACUGCCUCCUCACUGUGGCAGUGGGGUUGGCACAAGGGGGACAGUGGAAAGACCACAGUGACAUUUUGUUCUGAUUUUGGGGUCUGUCUGUCUCUUUCCAUGGCCUCAGUUACACAGGUGAUAAAGUAGACAGUUUGAUGCACUGUUUGCGUAGGGAUAUUCCUCUUUCUGCCCAAAUACAAUCCAUAGUGUUUAGAUCAUACUUAACAUUACCAUCCUCACCAAGUACAGGUCAGCAUGUUAAGAGCUUGUUUACAUUUGCAUUGCAUUGCUUUUGGGUGCAGGAAAAAGAAUGUGUAGACUGGCUGGUCUGCAUUUUGUUUUCCCGUCAGUGUAGUAUGUUUGAAUUGCACCUCUGUAUGCUUACCUUAAAAGUAAUCACUGAAUAUUUUACACACUUUGAUCGAGAACAAAUGAUGUUCUGGAACCAGUUGCAUUUGGGCCGUCUGUCUCAGCAGUUGCAAGAAUUGACCUAAUUAUAUUUAAGCAGAACUUUGGGAAUGCGAGGGAGGGCAUGUAUUACAGCUGGGUUGAGGCUGUAGUACGAGGAGUGACAUAUUUGGACAGUGCACCAGCUGUUUGGUGUACAUGUGACACUGUCCUAGAAUGUAUUCACGAUUACUGCUAGGUCACAUUCCCUUUGAACACAUGUCCGUUAGGUGAGCCUCUGGCUGAUAUCAUAACAUCAGUCAGACCUGUUUAUCAACUGACUUCAUAAACUGAUCAGUCAGACCUGUUCAUAAACUGACUUCAUAAACUGAUCAGUCACACCUACUGUUAGAUAUAGGCAGCAUGCGGUGUCAUGCUCUCUGGUGGUUUAUGGAAUGCGUGGUAUAUCUGAAAGAAUGCUAAUAUGAGAGACUUCAACACUAUACCUAAUGAGAAUACUUCAACACGGAGGUCUUGUAGAGUCAGAGUUUGAACUUGUUAUGCACUCAACACAGCAGCUUUAAUCACUCCGACACAUACUGUGCAAGAUUAGAUUGAGUUAGCGCUGCUGAUUAGCCUGCCACAGUGCCUGUAUCAGUGGAACCCAGUGACCUAAUUUGUUCUCCACCCAGGACGAUGACAAUAUGGUUCUAAUGCGCCGCUCUUUUCUCAUAUUAAUGAGAGACACCCUGGGCAGAAUGGCCUCCAACCACUUGCUCCGUAUGCUGUUUUCACUGCUUUGACUGGCUGGAGAUGAGAAAGCUUCCUCCCUGCCAGUCUCGCAUUCAGUCACAAUGGACUCUGGGCUACAGGAAUGAAUCUGUGGGCCACAGUGUCCGUGGAUAAUGCACAGUCAUGGUGCCGUGCCAGACCCAUGUGAUGUUGAAGUGGCAGGAGCACCUGAACAGCGCCUGGGCGGCGGAGGACAGCGUGCAGACUGCCACGCGGUGCGGGGCGGGUGCGCUCUAUGCCAAGCUCCUGCAGAGUAAGGAGGUGGUGGCGCUGGCCCAGCCCGUGCAGGACCUGAUGGGGCCACGCCUGCCGGACUUCCAGCACGAGAGCAGCGCGGCCGAGGAGCGCGAGGAGUACCUGUCCGCCCUGCUGCUGGCGCAGCGCUGCCUUGCUCGCCGCUCGCUCGCCUGCACGCCCUUCGCCCUGGCGCUGCACCACAGGCUGGUGGUGCUCCAGCGCAUCUACUACGCCCUCCACAGCAAGUACCACGAGCGCUUCCGCCCCGCUCCCCUGCCGCAGCCGGCCCAGAGCGGGGCCGACAGCGGGGCGCUGGAGCCGGCCGCGGAGCCGUGGAUGCCGGGGCCCCGGGCCAGGUCGGGCACGGACGUGCUGAUCGAGAUGGGCGUGCGGACGGGGCUGAGCCUGCUGUUCGCGCUGCUGCAGCAGAACUGGCAGCGGGGUCAAGAGGUCACAGGGGCGGGCACGGGCACGGGUGUGAGCUCGGGCGCGGAACUCUGCAACGACGUGUUGGCCACCGCCUCCUCUGUGCUGGCCUCCCUGCCCCCGCUCUCGCUGGCCAACGAGAAUAAGAUCCCCAGCGUGGGGCUGCACUGCCUGGCGCAGGUGGGCGACUUCCUGAAGCGCACGGCCGUGAGCGGUUCCGGGGCCGACCGCGUUGGCAAGAGGCUGGCGCUGGAGCUGCUGCUGGGGCUGGCGCUGCAGAGGGGCUCCCUGCGCUUCCUGCUGGAGUGGGUGGAGGUGGCUCUGGCCGCCUCAUCCUCCUCUUCCUCCGGCGAGGGAGGGGGCAUUGGGUACGAUCUUAUCCAUCAGACCCUGCUUCAGAUGAGGCAGUACUCGGGUUUCCGAGGCGACUCGGUCAACACUCAGGUACUGAAGAAGGAUGCGGACGGCCUCUGCAGUCUCUCCCACGUGGCCCUGUGCCUCUUUGAAGAGAUCUGCAACCUGGCCUCCAACUGCCUCUGCUCCUGCAGCACGGGCACGGGCAGCGCGGGCACGGAGGGCGACGCUGUCAGGGUGUACGUGUGGGGCAGCAACAGCAGCCACCAGCUGGCUGAGGGCACUCUGGAGAAGAUCCUGCAGCCUAAGCUGGCACAAGGCUUCAGCGACGCCCAAAUGAUCGAGGCGGGGCAGUACUGCACUUUCUCUGUGUCGGCUGACGGCUCAGUGAAGGCCUGUGGGAAGGGCAGCUAUGGCCGCCUGGGCCUCGGUGACUCCAACAACCAGUCCAUGCCCAAGAAGCUGGUGCUGGACCCGCCGCGUAGCAUGCGCAAGGUGUCGUCCUCCAAGGGCUCAGACGGGCACACGUUGGCGGUCACGGGCGAGGGCGAGGUCUUCAGCUGGGGCGACGGAGAUUACGGGAAGCUGGGCCACGGGAACAGUGCCACCCAGAAGUACCCCAAAAUCAUCCAGGGACCACUGCAGGGAAAGGUUGUCGUGUGUGUGUCUGCGGGGUACAGGCACAGUGCAGCCGUGACCAAUGAUGGGGAACUCUACACGUGGGGAGAAGGAGACUUUGGCCGACUAGGUCACAGUGACAGCCACAGCCGUAACGUGCCCACUCUGGUGAAGGACAUCAGCGGGGUGGGGCAGGCGGCGUGCGGGAGCUCCCACACCAUCGCAGUGGCUCAGGACGGACGCAUCGUAUGGUCCUUCGGAGGAGGAGACAACGGUAAACUAGGUCAUGGAGAUACUAAUCGGGUGUAUCGGCCCAAGGUCAUUGAGGCUCUGCAUGGAUAUAUUAUCAGGAAAGUGUGUGCAGGCAGCCAGUCCUCUCUCGCUUUGACCUCCGCUGGCCAGGUGUUUGCCUGGGGCUGUGGCUCCUGUCUUGGCUGUGGCUCAUCCGAGACCACAUCACUUAGGCCACGCUUGAUUGAGGAGCUGAGCAUCACCAAGAUCAUCGAUAUCUCCUGUGGGGAUAGCCACUGUCUGGCCCUGUCUCAUGAAAACGAGGUGUAUGCCUGGGGAAACAAUGCCAUGGGGCAGUGUGGGCAGGGCCACACCUCUACGCCCGUCACCAAACCGAAGAAAGUGAUUGGCCUAGAGGGAGUGGCCAUCCAGCAGAUCACUGCAGGCACCUCCCACAGCCUUGCUUGGACUGCAGUUCCUACCGACAGGCAGUUGGUGGCUUGGCACAGGCCGUUCUGUGUGGAUCUUGAAGAGAGCACGUUCACCUACCUGCGCACCUUCCUGGAGCGCUACUGUGAUGGCAUCGGUGGGGACACUCCCCCAGCCCCCUUCCCCUCUAAGAGGGAGCAUCAUCAGUUUGUGUUGCUGUGCAUGAAGCUGCUGUCCAUCCAUCUGUCCCUGGCCCACGCAGGCGGCACAGGGGCCACAGUGCUGGGGGCCCAGGGUAGGCCCCUGAGGAACCUCCUCUUCAGGCUCAUUGAUUCUAGUGUCCCAGACUCAAUACAACAGGCAGUGAUGAACACACUCUCCAUUGGAGCGUCUCUGCUGCUGCCCCCCCUCAGGGAGAGAACAGAACUCCUCCACUCACUCCUACCUCAGGGCCCAGAGAGCUGGGAGAGCCUCUCUAAAGGCCAGCGUCUGCAGCUGGACAUGGUGCUGAACAGCCUGCAGGAGCAGUCCCACGUGGCCUCCCUGCUGGGCUACAGCUCUCCUGGGGAGCUGAACACCGGCCUGCCCCCGCCCCUCUCCCCAGACCAGCUCCCGCCCAGUGCCAACUCCCCAGACCAGCUGCACCUGGCGGAGGUUUUGCUCAAGACCCUACUGCUCAGCAUUGGAUUCUACACGGAGCGUGCCUUUGGGGAGCUGGAGAAGAACAGUGAUAAGCAGCGGGCCAGCCAGGCCAAGAGGCAGACGGAGCCCCCGUCUCACUUCCACCACCUCCUGUCUGCGCUGCACAAACACCUGCUGGCCCACUGCUUCAUAUACACCAACACAGAGGACGACAGCAGCGUGACGCUGCUCCACAAGCAUCUGUGUCUCCUGCUGCCGUACGCAGCUGAGACCUUCAGGAGGUCCACCAUCCUGCUGGAGGAGAGCUCACUGGAUAGACACGUCAUCCAGAAACUGCACACGGUGCUGUGUGGCUCGGUGGCGGGCAGCUUGCUGUGUCAGGUGAUGUACUCGCUGCUGCUGCUCCCGCUGGGGGUGGUGCGCCCGCUGCUGCCCCACCUGCUCUCCCUGCUGGAACAUCUCAACGAGCUCAACUGCUUCCUGCCCGCCACGGGCAUGCUGGAGGACCUGGAGCUGGAGGGUUCCUCUCCUGAGGUAACCGAGGGGGCGGAGUUAGCCACAGGGGCUGAGCCAGAGGAUUGGAUGUGGCUGCUGGACCUGGAGAGGGCGGUGGCACUGGCCAUUGGUCGGUGUCUGGGGGGCAUGCUGCAGGGCCCGCCCCCCUCCAUCCAGGAGAAGACAGCGGAGCUGUGGCUGUGUAACCCGCUGCUGAGGAACGGCCUGGAGAUGGACUUUGAGCAGCUAGAUUUUGCCACCGGCUGGCUGACUGAGUCCGUCCUGCUGGGCUGCCCCGACGCCAGGCUGGCAGACCUGGGCUUGAGCGAGGAGGGCUCCAUGCUGGUGGAACUGGGCCUGGGCUCCAGCCGAGAGCCAGCCAGCAGCCUCUGGAGGAAGAUGAAGGAGUAUGCCAUCAGUCGAGACUGGGACUGCGGGGCUACUCCCGGAGACUCCCUGCUGGAGACCGCCUGCCGCUGUAGUCUGGCUGUCCUGCUCAAACACACUGGCCUGCAGGACGAGGCCUACUGGCAGGACAAAUAUGAGCCAUGUGAGAUGCUCAUCGAGAUCUAUGAGAUGGUCUACAAGAUCCGCAACACCCUGCUGUCCCUCAAAGAGAGCAUAGCGAACACAGGCAACCCUCCAGCCACAGCUACCAACAAACAGAGCUCGCUAAGUUCCCAGAGCCCCAGCGAGGACAGGCAGGAGCCGGGGCCCUCAGGGGAGCAGGGCAGGCGGGAGCGUGAGCCCGGGGCGCAGGGGACCUCCUCCGAGCACAACCAGGACCAGGAGCUGCCCGAGGAGGAGACGCCCAGCAUCAGCAGUAUGUACCUGCCUGAGGUGCUGCAGUGUUUCCUGGCCACACGGGAGGCCAUGCAGCUGCAGCAGAAUGAGACGGUGUACGAGUCGUCGGGCACCAGCACGCUGCCCAGCAGCACCGAGAGCCCCGGCACCCCCGAGCGCGAGCCGCCGGCCAAGCAGUGGGAGCGUGGACGCACUCCCGACCACGCCCUGUCCUUCCCGGCAGCCUGCCACCUGCUGGUGUCCCGCUGCGUCUUCUUGCUGCUGGGGGUCCGAGCUGCAUGGCAGGAGCCGGCCGAGCCCACCGACCUUCAGGCUGAGAGCGAAACAUCAAGGAGAUUGUCUUCGUCUAUGGAAGCCCAACCCUUCCUCAGCCCGAUGUCAGAGUUCAGGUUCUCCUCUGAGUCCAAGAGACAAGGAGAGACCACAGAUCAAUCAAAAGCGUCCACAAGGUCCUUCAAGAACAAAAUGGGGCUGCCCCUGUGCUCUUUGGGCAUCAUGAAAGAUGCGUGGGAGCGCCUGCGCCAAUGCAUCAGCCCCAGCACCACCAUGUGCCCGGCCGGCCCGGGCUCGCCCAUCCUGGGCCAAGUCUUCCACUUCCUGUGUGGCAGCCUGCUGCGCACCUCCGCCCUGGUGGAGAGGGACGCCGGGCUCCAGGCCGACCCCAAGGCCAUCACCCUGGCCAUGUCCCAGCAGCAGCAGAGGGCAGAGGUGAGGCUGGAGGCCCUCUGCCAGAUCUCAACAUUCCUACACGAGAUGGAGGAUAAGAGCAGUGGCUCCACAGCGCCCCCACGCUUCCCUGGCCUCCUGCAGUCGGUACAGCUGCAAUUCCUGUCAGGCUGCUUCGGUCUGGGGACCCCCACCUCAGGCAGCCUCUCCAGCCCCCCAGAGAAACUGCAGCACUACACUUCUGGGACCCAGUCGGCUCAGAUGACCACUCAGAGGGAGCUGCAAGCUGCUGCUCACACCCUCUACCAGCAGCUGGUGCGUGUCCUUCGCCAGAAGGUGGCGCUAGAGAAGGAGCAGACAGGCGCAUACCAGCACCUCCUGCUGGCCACGGUGUUUGCACUGAACUUCCACUACCAGCCGGUAGACCUGGUGGUGAUGAUCCGCAGCGGGCUGCUAGAGAUCCUGUCCUGCCUGACGGACAGCACCUGCGUGCUCAUGAACCAGCGGUGGCUGGCCGCCUCAGUCUCCGGCCACAUGCUGCUCAGCGGAGCAGUCAAGCUGGCCAGCGCCCGCCUGCUGCAGAUACUCGCCAUCGCUGCCAGUUCCUAUGAGGAAGCCCUUCCUCUGGAGGUGUCCCAGGCCCUGAUGGACGUGAUGUGUGAGCAGCUGCAGGGGCUCCUGCUCAGCGUCAGGCAGCAGGAGGCGCUAGAGACCAGUGUGGUGGAGCACACUGAGCCCCACGCCAGCAGCACCAAGCACAGACUAGAAAAGGUGGAGGCGGUGCGGAGCAGCAGAGUGGUGGAGUCCCAGCUUGCAGACUUCCUGGUCUUCCUGAGACGCAUCCUGUCGCUACGGGUUACCAAAAGAGUCUCCACAUUCAUCAAGUGGAUUGACCCGCUUAUGACAAUCAUAUCUUACAAGUGCACUGCAGGGAAUCCCUGUUUCCGGAACCUGCGAACAAAGCUGCUGGCCUUCCACAUUCUGGAAGCAUUGUUACCCGCCUGCUCUGAGCCCGUUCAUGUCAAACAGAUUGUCGACCAACUAUUUGGACUUUUGUCCACCUUCAUGUGGGAAGAGCCUCUGGCAGGAAGGAAGACUCUAGAAUCUCUCCCUGAGGGCUGCAAAAGGGAAAGCAUGAGUGAGGAUGAGUGCAUUCCUAUUGGAGAUUUCUCGUUUGACCCGCACAAGCUGACUUGCUGCUCCCUGGAGAGUGGGAACGUCCUGGCACACGGAGCCGGGGGGAAGGGCUACGGCCUGGCCACCACCGCCAUCACCUCCGGCUGCUUCAUCUGGAAGUUCUACAUCACCAAAGAGAACAAGGGCAACGAGGGCACCUGCAUAGGGGUGUCCCGCUGGCCCAUCCGUGACUACAACCACCGCACCACCACCGACAUGUGGCUGUACCGCGCCUACAGUGGCAGUCUGUACCACGGCGGGGAGCUGGGCCGCGCCCUGCCCUCCUUCACCCAGGGGGACACCAUCACCUGCAUCCUGGACAUGGAGGCCCGCACCAUCUCCUUUGCCAAGAACAACAAGGAGCCCAAGUUGGCCUUUGAGGGAGUGGAUGCCACCGAGCUCUACCCUUGUGUCCUGUUCUACAGCAGCAACCCUGGAGAGAAGGUGUCGCUGUGUGACCUGCAGAUGCGGGGCAUGCCCAGUGACCUGCUGGCUGGAGAGCCCCUGUGCAGCCCCCGGGCUACGGUGCUCCUGGAGGCCACCGUCCAGCUGCUGAGACGCCUGCACCAGUGCGAGGGCUGGACCACCCACAUCAACCAGCACAUGCAGGCUCGCCUGGAGCUCAUCGCCCCACUGCUCAGAGAUGGUGGCUCCCACAGACAAGGCCACAGCCCCAAGGGCCCAGAGGAGGGUUCCGACCAAGAGCGGGGUGCCCCAGAGAGUGGAGGGUCCACGGGCCGGGUGGUAGAGAUGGUGACGGGCCCUGCGGGGCUCACUGAGGCCCAGCUGAACGCCCUGUGCACUGAGGUGUGGCCGGUGCUGGCUCUGAUCGGCGGGGUGGACAGCGGGCUGAGGGCCGGAGGGGUCUGCCUGCACAAACCCAGCGGACGCAGGGCCACACUGCUGGGGGUGCUCAAGGAGGGCAGCCCCCUGGCCAAGCUCCAAUGGGAGGAGGCUGAUCUCACUGUCAGCUCCCUGAAUUCUUGGUCACCCAGCGACACGCCGCUCUCAUCCCUGGAGCCGUGUGAUGUGCCGCAGCUGGACGUGUCCCUGCUCCGCGGCCUGCGCCCGGCCGUGCUGCUGGACCUGCUGCUGCUCACCGGCCUGCUGGAGGAGCCCGAGGGGCCCGGGGCCCCGCGCAGGGGCCGUGCCGAACUGGAGCCUGCUGUGCAGCGCAGCGACCUGGAGCGCCGCCUGGACGAGGACAUUGGCCGCGUCAUGCAGGACGAGGAGGAGACCCACCCGGCCCCUCCCGCCCCCAGGGAAGGAGAGGAGACGGCGGGGGAGGAAGGAGCCAAACCGCAGGACGAGCCUCCAGAGCCGAAGGCCUCCCCGAAAACCCCCAAACCUCCAGGAACGGAGGUGGAAUCCAGCGCCCUAGUCCCCGUCCCGUCUCACCAGCUGGCUCGCCCCGACCUCUUCACCUUGGAGCUCCGUGCCGUGCGCCUCUCCUACCUCCUCCUGGGUGCCCUCAAAUCGCUUGCGGUCAUCCUCGGCAGCGGCAGGCUGGCCGACCAGCUCCUGGUGCCGCCGCGGCCCGACACAUCUUCAUCCGCGGGGCCUUCGUCCGGAGCCGAGCCCCCCCAGAGCCCCGGGCCUGCGGAGGAAGGGCCUGAGCUGCGCUCCGUCCUCCAGUUUGUGGUGCGGAGCAUGGUGAAGUGGGCCGUGCGGCCGUGCCCCAUCAAGCACCCAGUGGCCCUGGCUGACCUGGAGAGGGCGCAGGUCAUGAUCUACAAGGGCGUCCUCAACAGGCUGCAUCAGGAUGGCAGCAGUAAAGACCAUAGAGAUGUGGCGCUGCAUUCUGCCUCGCAGCCCGUGUCCAAAUCCUCCAGCUCAGUGUCACUCUACAGCAACGGCUCCGACGGCACGGCCGCCUUCGGCCAAUCAGCUUCCUCCUCCACCAACGACUUGGCCAACUCCCUGUUGACCGCAUUGCAGGCGGAUGGCCUGGAGAACUUUAACCCUUUCCUGCCCAUCAACUUGCUGCAGCGGAUGGUGCUAGCUCGCUUCCCCACGCUGGCAGGGCUGGUCCAUAACCCCACGCUGCCCCCCGGCCUCAGCCUGGCCAGCUCUGCUUCCUGCGAGGGCUUCACCGAGCAGCAGACCAGCUUCCUAGAGCCCUGCGGACAGACCCGCACGCCCAUGGAGCGUCCUCAAAUGUUUGUCCCCGUUCGCUUGCUAGAAAUGGGCUUCUCCAUGAGGCAUAUCUACAAGGCCAUGGAGGCGGCAGGCGUGACGGGCGAAGUGGACUCGCGCACCAUCGAGGUCCUGGCGAGCUGGAUGCUGGAGCACCCUCUGGCCGACGAGCCGCAGGCAGGGGAGAGUUCAUCUGCCGCGGGUGCAGUGGACACGCCGUCCCCCGAGGGACCGGAGACGGUGCAGUGUCCCGAGUCUUCAGCCCCACUCAACCUGCAGGAGAGCAGGGAGCCCAGCGAGAGUCUUCUGGCUGGCCUUGACCUGGUGGAGAGGGAGAACUUUUUGGAUGUGCACCUAACCCGCAACAGGCCCCCACCGGCCCGACGCCAGAGGUCCAGCCUCGGCCAAAGAACCUCCUUCAGGAGAGCAGAUUCCCCAUCGCCCAAUCCGCUGCCGGCGCUGUAUAGGCAGGAUGUGGGCGUGGCCGAGUGGCCCGAGCGUGCAGAGACACACCCAUUUGCCGCUGAGGAGGAGUCGGAGCUGGGCUACAUGGACGACUCCUACCAGGAGGAGCCCUACGAGGAGCUGCUGAGUCCAGAGUUCAUCAGCUCCGAGAGGGACACCUUGUGGAUGGUGGAGGUACAGCAGGGUGGAGAAGAGCACCCAGAGCCUCAUGAGAUGGUGGAGUGUGAGCUGUGCAGCACGCUCACCCUGCAUUUCAACAACCAUAUGAAGCGCCACCACCCAGGAUGUGGCCAGAGUGCUGGUCGCUGUGGUUACCGCAGCAACGGCGCCUACGUGGACGGCUGGUUUGGGGGCGAGUGCGGCUCAGGUAGCCCUUACUACCUGCUGUGCAGCUCCUGCCGAGAGAAGUACCUGGCUGCCAACCUGGGCGAUCUCAACUCCAAACAGGACAGGAAAGGGCUGGCGUCAGAUUUGAUUGGUCGAUUGGAUAGUACAUCUGAUGAUGAGUGGGAGCUGGGCCACCAGGAGGCUGCCGACUCGGACCGGCUGACCGGCCAGGAGGACUUUGGUCUGCUCUUGCGUCCGCUGGGCCUGAGCGAGAAGAAGCUGGUGCCUGACCCCAUCCCCUUCACUGAGGCCGACCCACUGGGGGCCAUCACUAACAGCGCCCUCAGCGGAGAGUCAGCCCUGAUGUACAGAGGGGCGGCCAGCAGUGAACAGAAGGGCUCCACAGCUCCUCUGAGCCUGGGGGAGCAGGCGGCCUCGCUGAGGGACGCCCAGGAGAGGCUGCAGGCCCUGAGGAGGGUCACCUCCACUGCACAGAUCCUGCUGGCCUACAGCAUGGUCAUGAGGACCCUGUCCCAGAGCACCGCCAGUAGUCAGUCUUGCGGGCUGGAGGCUCUGGGAUUGGCCGACAUUCGGAUCUUGGUGCGCCUGAUGUGUCUGGCGGCGGCAGGGCGUGUCCACAUGGGGGCGGGGCCCCAGGGGUCGGGGCGGGGUCCUGUGGCUGAUCGCUCCGGCUCCGCCUUCCUGUCCUUCCUCAGCUCGGCCAUCGGGAGCCUGGUGUCCCACAGCGCCGUGGCCUACCGGGAGCUGGUGGACAUCUGCACUCAGGAUCUGAUGGCGGCUGCUACUGGUAUGAACAUCAGUGCCAUCAGCGACCCGCAGCAGAGGGGCCGUCUCACCCUCGCUCUGAAGGGCGCCCCCCGCGAGCCCAAAGACCUCACCCCCCCCAACUUCCUGGUCACCCAGAGCCUGGUGUCCUUGCUGACGGAGAAGGGCAUCCGCUACAGAUACACCGCUGAGCGCAGUGACGCUGAUGCCAAAGAUGUGACCAGCCCAGCGGCUUCGGUCUCUCCGGCUCCGGUGGGGAUGCGAGUGGGUCCGCUGGAGCUGGCCAACGCUCUGGCCGCCUGCGCCCUCUCCGCCCGGCUGACCAGCAAGCACCGGCAGUGGGCAGCUCAGCAGCUGGUCCAGGCCCUGGCCACCUCCGAGAGGGACAACCCCAUCCGCCCGCAGACCUACAGCGACAUGGCAGGGGACCUGCGCAAGUGUCCGCUCCGCAAGCUGGAAGGUCAUCAGAACAGGGUGACAAGCUGCUGUUGGAGUAAUGCUCAGAGCCUUCUAGCCACCAGUGGUCAGGACGGGACGGUGCGCGUCUGGGACGUGACGCAGAACUCCGCUGAGCUGCAGUGUACACACACCUGCACCCCUGGUGAGGACGCACACAGCUCCGAUUCGUCCCUGGGAGCCCACCUUCUCUCCCCUGUGUUCUGGAGUGCAGGGGGGACGCUGUUGGCUGCCUUCCAGAGCAAACAGAUCAGCAUAUGGACGGUCAACGGAGCCCAGGCUGGUGUGGUGGAGGCCCAGAGCUCCUGGGUGACCGCUCUGACCUGGGUGCAGACCUCCACACCUUUCCCCAGCCAGGGCGGUGCCAGUCCCUGCAGUGCCACUGAGUCUCUGCUGGUGGGCCGGCUGGAUGGCUCCCUCUGCUGGCUGGAGGUCUCCGAUGGCCUGCAGGUGGAGAGCACUGAGCUGCCGCGCUGCCAGAGGAAGGAGAGUCCUCAGUGUAUUGCCUGGCACAGUGUAGAUAAGCCUUUCGCUGUCGGAUACCCUGAUGGAAAAAUCCUCCUGGCCACAGCUCAGGGCUAUGAGACGGAACAGCCUGUACUGCUCACAGCUUUCCCUGAGGGCAUCACCAUGCUGAAGUGGGACCCCACGGGUCACCUGCUGCUGUCCGUGGGCCGCUCCGAGAUGGUGAAGAUCUGGGGUCGUGUGGGCGGAGGCUGGAGCACGCUGCACUCCCUCUUCCACACCGGCUCCGUCAACGCGGCCGAGUGGUGCCCAUUGCCCGGCAAGGGGCCGGAACCACGCCUCAUGAUGGCAGUUGGAUGCCAAAAUGGUCUCCUGUAUGUGUGGACUCUGCCACAGGGUGGCGCCAUUGUAUCACUGCCCAGUUUCCUCAGCUCGUCCUCCAGCCAGGAGAAGAGCGGAAGUGUCAAGCGUGGCAGUGCCAAGUGUGUGUUUAGGCUGAGUGGCCACAUCACGGCCGUGAAGACGCUGUCCUUCUGCCCCAGCGGCAUGGCCCUGGUGUCAGGGGGCAUUGGUGGUCUCCUCAACAUCUGGUCCCUUAGGGAUGGUUCAGUCCUUCAGACUGUUGUCACUGGCCUGGGCUCCGUGGUCUGUACCACCUGGAUUCCUAAUGUGGGGGUGACCGCCUGCUCUGGGAGAUCAAAGGAUGUUCUGCUGAUCCGCUGCACGCCUGACUGGAUCUCCCAGAACCAGGUGCUGGCGUCGUGUCGCUCCGUGCUGCGUGCCCAGGGCAUUCUGGGUCUGAACCGCGCUCCCUGCAUGGCCGUGCUCCUGGAGCGUCUGCCCAUCCUCCUUCAGGAGCAGUUCAACUAUGAGAGGUCUCAUGUGAUGGCGGGCGAUCAGCUGGUUCACAGCCCCUUCCUGCAGAGCCUGUCUUCACUGACGGUGGGCCUGGUGCUGGACCAGCUGCUGUGCCUGCUGCCCCGGCCCCCCCACCACGCCGGUACCGAGUCAGACGGCUGCCCGCUGGAGUGGACCUGGCUCGCCACCUACUCCACCACCGUCAAAAGUGCCGAGGCCUUCGCCCGUGGCAACGGUUUCCCAGAGUCCUUCAGUGUGCCCGAGUUCCAGCAGACGGCGGUCACUGAGGUCUCCAAAGCCCUCGACAACGGCAAGUGGAGCUUCAUGAUGGAUGAGCAGCUCAUGUCGUGGGCCACAACUCGUCCAGAGGACUGGCAACAGGGUGGUAAAAGCGAGGUAUAUCUGUGGGGUAAUGGUCGCCAUGGGCAGUUGGCAGAUGCUGGCACCAAUCUGUCUGUGCCGACCCUGGCACCCUCCCUCUGCCAGACCCAGCAGGUGGUGUGCGGGCAGAACUGCACGUUCCUGGUGCAGGCUAAUGGCACGGUGCUGGCCAUUGGCGAAGGCAGCUAUGGAAGACUUGGGCAGGGCAACUCUGAUGACCUGUACACCCCCACCAUAAUAUCAGCCUUGCAAGGGUAUGUGGUAACACAGCUGGUGACGUCCUAUGGCUCAGACGGUCACUCACUGGCCUUGACGGAGACCGGAGAGGUGUUCAGCUGGGGCGAUGGGGAUUAUGGGAAGCUGGGCCAUGGCAACACCGAACGGCAAAGACGGCCUAAACAAAUCGAAGCUCUGCAGGGGGAGGAGGUGGUGCAGCUGUCCUGUGGCUUUAAGCACUCAGCUGUGGUCACAGCAGAUGGAAAGCUCUUCACCUUUGGCAGCGGCGACUCGGGCCGCCUGGGUCAGAGGUCGACGUCAAACAAGAUGCUGCCGGAGCGAGUGAUGGCCCUCGAGGGCUACCACGUCGGACAGGUGUCCUGUGGCAUCAACCACACUCUGGUGCUGUCCUCCGACGGCCUGACCGUCUGGGCGUUCGGAGACGGGGACUAUGGGAAGUUAGGAACGGGACCCUGCACUGUCAAGUGCUACCCUCAGAAGGUGGAGCUGCUGUGUAAUAAGGGAGUGAAGAAGGUUGGCUGUGGGACCCACUUCUCUGUGGUGCUGGCCAAGGAUGGGCGGGUGUACACCUUUGGGCAAGAGCGUUUGAUUGGCUUGCCAGACUCCAUGCUGAAGCACCAUAACCGGCCUCAGGUGGUGCCUGCGCUGGAGGGUGUGUUUGUGGAGGACAUCGCUGUGGGCUGUGAGCAUGUCCUGGCCCUCUGCUCCAAUGGAGAUGUACACGCCUGGGGCUGCAACUGCGAGGGCCAGCUGGGUUUGGCCCACACUAACCCGGUGAAGGAGCCCACACUAGUGACUGCUCUCCAGGCGAAGAACAUCCGGCAGAUCUCUGCUGGCCGAUGCCACAGCGCCGCCUGGACCACGCCGUCCGCCUCAGCCAAAUCCUCCGGCUCCCCGUCGGUGCAGCUGGGCCUGCCCCUGUCUGUGCCCCCCCAGUACAACGCCCUGAAGGACUGCAGCCCCGAGGUGCUCAACGCCCGCCUCCGCGUGCUCCACCACUUCUCCGACCUCAUGUACAAGUCUUGGAGGCUGCUCAACCUGGAGCCGCGCAACCAGGUGCUAGCGUCGCGCUACAGCUCGGGCACGGCCGCCAUCGUGCAGGGCCAGCUCCGAGGCCUCCUCUCCCCUAAGGUCAACACGCUGCCCCUGGUGCGCUCCAUCGGCAGGACCAUGACCCAGGGCAAGACCUAUGGCCCGCAGAUCACCGUCAAGAGGAUCUCCACCAGGGGGCGUUCCAGUAAGCCCAUCUUUGUGCAGAUCGCCAAGCAGGUGGUGGCGCUGAACCCCACGGAGCUGCGGCUGCCCUCGCGGGCGUGGAAGGUCAAGCUGGUGGGCGAGGGAGCGGACGACGCGGGCGGAGUGUUUGAUGACACCAUCACUGAGAUGUGUCAGGAGCUGCAGUCUGGUGUCGUGGACCUGCUCAUACACACACCAAACAGCUCCACUGACUUGGGCAGCAACACAGACAGGUUUUUGCUAAACCCGGCAGCAGUGUCCGAGGACCACCUGGUGCAGUUCCGCUUCCUGGGCAUCCUGAUGGCGGUGGCCAUCCGCACCAAGAAGCCACUGGACCUGCACCUGGCGCCCUGGGUGUGGAAGCAGCUGUGCUCCAUCCCGCUGGGCGGGGCCGACCUGGAGGAGGUGGACCUCCUCACCUACCGCUCGCUGCAGGGCAUCCUCCACCUGGACAACAGUGGCAUCACCGAGGAGAACUUCACCGUGAUGAUUCCUCUGGACUCCUUCAUGGCCAACAGUGCCGAUGGCAAGCUGGUGCCGGUGCUCCCCGGGGGCCACAACAUCCCCCUGACCUUCUACAACCGGACCGACUACGUGGAACGGGCUCUGGAAUAUCGCCUGCACGAGAUGGACCGUCAGGUGGCAGCGGUGCGAGAGGGCAUGUCCUCCAUCAUCCCGGUGCCCUUGCUCUCCCUGCUGACAGCUCGGCAGCUGGAGCAGCUGGUCUGUGGCUUGCCCGAGGUCUCCGUGGAGAUGCUGAAGAAGGUGGUCCGCUACCGGGACAUCACGGACAGCCACCAGCUCAUUGGCUGGCUCUGGCAGAGCCUGGAGGAGUUCACCAACGAGGAGCGGGUUCUGUUCCUGCGCUUCGUCUCGGGCCGCUCCCGGCUGCCGUCCAACCCCGCCGACAUCACCCAGAAGUUCCAGAUCAUCAAAGUAGACCGGCCAGUGAACGGCUUGCCCACGGCCCAGACCUGCUUCUUCCAGCUGCGCCUGCCGCCCUACACCAGUCAGGCGGUGCUGGCCGAGCGCCUGCGCUACUCCAUCCACAACUGCCCCUCCAUCGACAUGGACAACUACAUGCUCUCACGCAACACCGACGCGGCCGAGGGCUCAGACACUGAGUACUAAAGCGGGCGUCCUCGAGGCUGCCUUUGAUUUGAAAGCACAAGCCUUUGUCCCGGUGUCUCUUCUUUUCUGCCUCCACCUUCCUCUUCCUCUUCCUCUCACAUGCUCGUGCAAUAGGAAACGCUGCUCUGCUGUUGCCCGGUGUGAUGGCCAGACGCCAGCACUGCAACAUGAAAGAGCCCCCCCCCCCAUUUGGUUUUGCAUGGUAUUUCUGGUUGACUGUUACAAAUGCAAAACAUUUUUUUGCCAUUUUAAUUUUCCCAUUUUAGGUUUAUUUUGGGUACGGAUAAUGCUCCUGUCGGAUACUGAUUUGGGGAGCUUUUUCAUCAGCUUUAAAAAACACGUACUGUUCUGACGAUAUCCCUCUGUCUGUGCCUGUUAGCGUUGCAGAGUGGCACUCCUGGGUCAGCCUUAGCUUAUAGGAAUGCUCUCGACACGAGCCGAGGGUGGGGUGCAGAGACGUGCUGAUUCGGAUCCCUGGAAGCGCUCUCUUUCCGCUCUCCGUUCUGCUCCCAACCUCUUGAAACAGUUGUGGCGUCGACUCCGGUCAAGGUGGACAGUGCUCACGAUCCGUUUCUAAACGUUGGCCCCCUAAAGAGGAGAGUCCAUGCGCUCCAGUGACCAUCGUUAGGGGUCUGAUGGGAACUCUGGUGUUCAGUCUCCAUAACAUCCAUAAGAUGUUCCUCCAUUAGAAAACUAUCGAAACAUGUAUUUGGGAUGAAUGUAUACUCGUGAAUGCCAUGCACAUAUGCACUCAGAUCAGUUUUUUUUUUUUAAUUUGCCAAAAAAAAGAAGAAUCUGUACUACUGUAAUUUAUUGCGUUUAGAUGAUGGAUUUUAGUCUUUUGCAGCUAUGAAAUGGUGUGAUGUUGCAGAUUAUGUUUUAUUUUAUUUUUUUCUCCCUGCAAAUAUGAACGAGGGGAGUUUUAGUAUAAGAACUCUUUUAUGGCCUCCCUGUGCUUAAAAGAGUGUGAAUAGUUUCUCCUGAGCUGUGGGACUUUGGGUAAACAACACGGACUUCAUGUUUUGCUCUGCCCGUGAGCCCGAAUGGAGCGAGGGUUUGUGUAGUAGAGACGUCCCAUGACUACUGUGUGCUGUGAAUUACAGUAUUGGCUAAGUUAUUCAUCCGUUUCCUUCCUUUCUUUCUUUUUUUUAUUUUGAAGAAAGGUUUUCUACAAGACUGGGCUUUUUUGACUCAAGGGAAGUGUGUCUGGUGGUCAGUCCCAUCAUGGUCAUUAAAGUGGCAUGGUUGUUGUGGUGUUUGCACUUUAGACUUGUAUGCAUUGUGCUUGAGCAAAAAGAAAAAAAGAUAAUAACUAUAAUAAUGGAAACCUUUAAAAAGAUUCUUCAAUUAAAAAGAGAGAAAUAAAA